GGUGAGUUAGCAGGCAGUGCCACAGGUAAGAAGAAGUCACAGGUGACGUCACGAGUGCCAAGGAUAAAACCCUGGCAGUCUUCUGCAGAAGCUACAGACUUAGUUCAGCCGUCUUCAAGACUAGUCAGUCUCCUCCUGGGGAAGUCUCAGUCUUUGUCAAUUUCUGCUGAAACUACACGCCUCUGCUGAAAGUACAGACCUUUGCUGAAAGUACAGACCUCUGCUGAAAGUACAGACCUCUGCUGAAAGUAUAGACCUCUGCUGAAAGUACAGACCUCUGCUGAAAGUACAGACCUCUGCUGAAAGUAUAGACCUCCUCUGAAAAAUCCAGACCUGCUGAAAGUCCAGACUUGCUGAUAAUACAGACCUGCUGAGAGUGAACACCUGUCACUCGUGGAUUGCAACAUGUCUUUCCUCUACUCAAGUCUAACAACUGGGUCUUCAGGCGCCCUGUCAAAUAUGUCUCGCAGAAGCAGCACGGACAGCUUCCACGACAUCAAAAUGCUGGAUUUACCUCGACUAGAGGUGGACCGUCAGUUCUAUGAUGUCCGUCUUUUGGCUUCUGGUUGGUACACCAAAAUCUUUGUCGCCAGACACCAUAAAGCAGAUGAUAGAGUUGUCCUCAAGUGCGUGCAGAAAGGCACGACAAAGAAAGAGGAUUUCUUCCGUGAGUUCCACUACAAUUAUUACCUUAGUCCGCACCCCAACGUUAUCAAGAGCUUCCAUGUUCCUUUUGGCACCAACAGUUCCUACGUGUUCGCACAAGAGCUGGCCCCUGAAGGUGACUUGUCGCAGUUCGUGAGGCGAGGAGGUCUUGGAGAAAUGUUGACAAAGCGAGUGGCAGAACAGGUUGCCUUCGCUUUGCAAUUUGUGCACAGUAAGGAUCUGGUUCACUGUGAUGUAACCCUCGACAACAUCCUUAUCUUUGACCGCGAAAUGUCACGCGUAAAACUGGGUGAUUUCGGCAACACACAGCGAGAGGGAUCCCUCGUGAAGAAGGUAAACACUCGCGUACCAUGUAUUCCUCCAGAGGUGAAAGAGAUUGUCUACAACGAGGGUUACCAUGUCCACAGUAGCCAGGAUGCUUGGCAACUCGGCAUCCUCAUCUUCGUGUGUCUAACUGGUUCAUAUCCUUGGUCCUCGGCCGACAUCACAGACCAUCACUACAAGUCCUGGGUGACCUGGCUCAAGCGUAAGACCAAUAAACCACCAUCACGAUUCCGGUGCUUCACUCCUCGUCUUCUUCGCCUUCUGCGUCGCCUCCUGGAGCCCAAACCUGAGAAGCGUACAAGUGUGAAGGAGGUAUACAAAUAUAUCACUGACUCCUGGCUGGUGAAAGGUAUGGAUCCUAUCGACAUAGCCUUUGACGACGCCUCAGAUGCUUCCGAGACCACUGCUAACUCGCUCUUCAAGACCGCAGAAAAGAAACUAGCCGAGCUCUUCCGAUCUUACUUGCGUCACCCAGAACCCAGCAUAGAGGUCAAACAAAAGAAACGUGUUCGCUUCGCUCUUGACUUCGGAGAUGACGCUGUGUCAGAAGGUGAAGCUUACCCGUGAAGACACCUACCUCUAAGAUUCCAAUUGAUUCUUCCCUUUUGGCAGCCAGCCCUUGAUGAUUGACGGUGCUGGACGGCUACAGUCACAGCUAAGUGGAACAAGCUGUGGUGAAGACAAACGGAUCCCUGGUUGAUUGUUGUUGUUGGUACUAUGGUCAGGCAAAAAUCCCCCGACGCGGAUUUAUGUCACAAGAGGACCUGUUCAGUGUUUCCGGCACCCCAGACCAGGAGCAGGGUAGAAGCUGGUCUGAGAUGGGCCACAACAGCAACGAUUGCUGACUCAGUGGUCUGAGUCACCUCAGAACACCUGAUCCAAGGCAGAUGCUCACCUGACGACACCUACUCGUCGGGAAGGGCCAUCACUUGACACAUGUUCACCUGUGCUUACCUACCAAGAAGCUGAAGCAACAUGUUCCCUUGUUCAGGAUCACCUGAAGAACACUGCUCCUAGCGGGUAGCCACCUGAAGAACACUGCUUCUAACUGGCAGUCGCCUCAAGAACACUACUCUUAGCUAGCAUUCACCUCAAGAACACUACUCCUAGCUGGCAGUCACCUGAAGAAUACUACUCCUAGCUAGCAGUCACCUGAAGAACACUACUCCUAGCUGGCAGUCACCUGAAGAACACUACUCCUAGCUAGCAGUCACCUCAAGAACACUACUCCUAGCUGGCAGUCACCUCAAGAACACUACUCCUAGCUGGCAGUCACCUCAAGAACACUACUCCUAGCUGGCAGUCACCUCAAGAACACUACUUCUAGCUGGCAGUCACCUCAAGAACACUACUCCUAGCUGGCAGUCACCUCAAGAACACUACUCCUAGCUGGCAGUCACCUCAACAACACUAGACAGCCCUCACCUAAGGAUACCCAAGUAUCCUACACCUGAAAACACCUGUCACAUGUAUACAGGAAAACACCUGAUUCCUUCAUCAGCUUAACAUCUCAUCUGCACCUUCAAGAACACCUGUUUCCUCAAAUCUUGGGAACACCUGCUCCCGACCCCUUAAAACACCUGCUUUUUAGGGGGGAAUCUAACCCCCUCCCCUUUCCCUUUGCUCAAUAUAUAAUACAAUUUCUGUUACAAUGUACUGUAUAUUACAGAAGGUAAAAAAAAAUACAAUAAAGUAUUUUAUUAAUUUAUGAUGUAUUAUUGUAUGAGAAGAAAACACAAUAU